AUGGCUUCCGAGCUUGUUCGCCUGCUCCCUGAAAUCGGUUUCCAAUGUGAGCGUGUUACGCAAUCCGACCUGAUCGUUUCAACAGCUUCAGAUGAUGUGCUCACUCGAUGGUGCAAUCGGUCAACCGGACCCUAUUUGAGCUUCAAUUCCUACGUUCCAUUUAUGCACUCUGAUCACACCUUUCGAAACUCCAGUACAGGCAUACAUGCGCUGACACUUUCGAGAUCUGGACAUUGCAAUUCACACGUUCAAUUGGGCUUAACUGUUCAACACACAUCGCCACACAAUGUCAACAUGGCGCCGGGGCUCGUGGAACCUCAGUCUCAAUCUCCCUACAACUCCACAUCAGCCAUAGCCCCUAAGAGCAAAUCUGGAAGCGUUCACAACUACGUUCCUGGGCGAACCGUAGUCAAACAACACAACGAACCAUACGAGCAUGAAGACCUUCUGCCCGGCUUUCCAGAAAUCAAGUGGUCUCCCUACAAAGACAUCCCAUAUAUUGAAAAGGGCAAUCUUGGUGACACAAAUUUCAAGCAUCUUCUCGCCGACGCCACAGAUGUCUUCGACUACAAUUCCAAGAUCGGCACUGAAAUUCAUGGUGUCGACCUAGCCAACCUUACAGAUCUACAGAAGAACGACCUUGCAAGACUCAUCUCAACGCGUGGUGUAGUCUUCUUUCGAAACCAGAAGAACCUCACCAUUGAUAAGCAAAGGGAAUUAGGCCAGUGUUUUGGCUCCCCUGCACAUGCACGCCACCACCGCGGUGCCACGACGAGAAGGUUUAGAAGACCAUUAUUCACACAAACAUUUCACUGGCACUCUGACGUGACCUACGAAACCCAACCUCCAUCCUACACCUCGCUCAAACUCCUCACCGCCCCACCCCCUGGCGCGGGAGGCGACACUAUCUGGUCCUCGCAAUAUGCAGCCUAUGACAUGCUCUCUCCCGCCCUGCAAACCUACCUCGAAUCCCUCACCGCCCUGCACUCCGCUGACCUCCAAACCCAAGGCACCCGCGCCCUUGGCCGCGCCGUACGCCGCGACCCCAUAACUACCGAGCACCCCCUCAUUCGCACAAACCCCGUUACCGGAAGUGCCGAAGAUGAGAGUGAUUUUGUGAUUGCGUUGUUGAAUCAGGUUGUGGCGACGAGUCCGGAAGUUCAGGUGAGGUUUAGGUGGGGAGAGGGGGAUGUUGCAUUCUGGGAUAAUAGGUGCACGAAUCACUCGGCUUCAUACGGCUUUGCGCCUCAUCGCCGUCAUGCGGUAUGCGUGGCGGUGCAGGCGGAGAGGCCGGUUUUAGACCCGCAAAGUAAAAGUCAGGAGGAGGAUCUAAGUCAGAAGUUUGGGGUUCUCAGGACAAGUAAGGAUGGGAGUGGGGUUGUGAAAUAUAACGAUUGA